AUGAGAAACCAACCGGUUGCUGCUUGCAGAGGGGAUGUUUUAUCUGCAGGUACAGGGCACUCCUGUACAGGCUUUGACGUUUCAGUCCGAUGCGGGCAUGGUGCGAAGACUAAGCCUGACCCCCGCAAAAGAAGAGACCGGCCCGGUGACCCCUGGGCUCAGCACCAAGCUGCUCGCCUGCGAGAACAGACCGCCCGCAGGCUCUGCCCCGGCUCCGGCAGGGGCAACUACAAUCCCAAGGAGGAAUGCUGUACAGAGAGAUCAGUGCUUGCCCAGCCAACAUUUGUUUUUGAAAAGAAGGACCGUCCUUUGAAGCGGCCUGCAGAAGACCCAGUUUGCAAAGCUGAAAAUGAUUUUAAUAGUUGUUCCAGAAAGCGUGGAAGAUCAUCAUCUUUUACUUUCCAGAAGUCUGACUCUCAGUUUAACUCAGAUACAACUCUCACUCAGAAAAGAGAGAGAUCAUCUUCAUUUACCAUCUUUCCUACCUUCCCUCCCUCCCAGCCAGUAAAGAAGAAUAACAUUUUUAUGACCUCAGCUCUUCAAAGAAACCCCAGCUUGAUCAAAAGUGCAAAAGAAGGAUCCUCAUCAGGAAGUCAGAUGCGGAAUGUCAUUAGACCUGCUGUUUUACAACCACCACAAGCCCUGUCCUGUCCUGAAAAUCCUGUAGUAUCUCUAGUGACUAAGAAAAAAGCACACGUUCAGCUAUCUGAAGACAGCUCUUAUUCUUCAACUGAGAAUCUACUAAGUUUCAAAACAGCAGUGAGGUCAUCUAAUACCAUGAAUCCUUCUAGCUCAGAAACAACACAAAGUCAAUUGUUUGAAGACAGAAGUGUACAAACCAGCAGCAAUUCUGAUUUUGUGUUUGGAGAAAACAUGGUUGAGAGAGUUUUGGUAAAAUCUGUAAAUGCUAGCAGACUUUUUAUCAAGAGUCCUGAAAAGCAUCCCAAGCCAUGUAAUAAGGCUGAUUCAUACAAAGGAGAAAUAACAUCCACAUGCAUAGAAUCUUUUAAUCUCAAUCCACAAACAAAAACAGCUUUAUGGAGGAAUGCAACACUAAUUGAAUCAGCAGCUGCUUUUGUUUCCAAGCCAGUUGAGAAAAUUCUGUUAGAUAAAGUUGAAGUUAUAACUGGAGAAGAAGCAGAACACAAUGUCCUACAGAUCAACUGCAAGCUCUUUGUAUUUAAUAAGAUUUCUCUAAUCUGGAUUGAAAGAGGCAGAGGAUCCCUGAGGCUUAAUGACACUUCUAGCAAUAAAUAUGGAAUGCUGCAGUCAAGGCUAAUUAUGCGAAAUCAAGGCAGCUUGAGACUGAUUCUCAACACCCGACUCUGGGAUCAAAUGGUUAUAAAAAGAGCAAACAGAAAGAGCCUGUGCUUCACUGCAACAGACCAAGAGGACCAUUCUGUUCAAGUAUUUCUAAUUCAGGCAAGCUCAAAAGACACUGGAUACCUGUAUGCAGCAAUACAUCACCGCCUUGUGGCAUUGCGAAGCUUUGCUGAGCAAGAGCCAGAUGUUAAUCAAGUAGACACAGAGUCAGAAAUAGCUUUUCACCCAUUAAGCUGUGAUAGCGAUGAUGAAGAUGAUGAAAAAAUAACUCAAGUGAGCAGCAGUGGAUCUGGUAAGCAGAAAUUUUCCUGGGAAAGCUGUAAUCUUUUCAGGGCAUUUUCUUGUAAGAAAUGAAAAUUGUACCUUUUCAUGCUGACUAUAAAUUUAAUCUGUUACAAAUACCCCCUUUCAAGUAGAAGAGGAUAAUUCAUUUUAGUAUUUUGACUUAUUGCUGUGAAAAUGCAAGAUUUUGACAGAUCAAGUAUCUACACAUCUUUAUAGCAGUGGAAUACUCUUUUGACAAAGGCUAGGUGUUCAGAAAUUUUAAUACUGUCAAGCUUUACCUAAAGGUUUCUUCAGUAUAUUUCAGUAGAAAUUACUAGAGAUAUUAAAAUACUGGUUGUUCCUUGAGUAAGUGAAAGUUGAGUGCAUUCACAUCAGCGCUUAGGUAGUUACUAACAGCUUGGAGCAUAAUGUGUUUACUACAGUUUUUUAAUGCAGUGGUUAACUUCAUUUAAAACACUGAUUCUUGAUCAGCUGUAAGAGCUAACUCACUAGGAAAAUUGAAGGUCAAGAUUUACACACCAGUUUUGCCAGCUUUCUUCAGCAUAACAAAAAUUUAGGCUUCUCAAAGGGAAGAAUACAGCUAAAACAAGAUAUAAGGGGCAAGCUGCUGACUUAGUCCCUCUAGAAGCUGUUAAUACAGCUCACAACAAGGCUGGGGUCACAUUUGAAGGAAGCAAGGCAGAAACACCUGUCAGGCUUAAGGUCUCUUCUAUCUUAGCAAGACAAGUUACAUUUCUGGGGCAAAUCCAUAUGCUUGUGCCAGACUGCUACAGCGGAUAUAGGAGUUGCCAAUUACAUGUGAUUUUCUAAUAGAAGAACCGCAGCAGGUAUACUUGAGUUGUUGCUCAUUAGCUUCUCUCUGCAACAUACUGUCCCUAUAUUAUAAACUCUUCCUUUUAACAACAACAAGAAUCAUCAUGUACAGGUAACAGCUAUGAGUGACUGUUUCCUUAAGGAAACAAGUCUUUUUUCUCCUUUAGGCAAAUAGAUUGCAGUUUGUUCCUAUUAUUAAUUUCAGUAGCAUUCAGUGCUCUAAACAAAGCACGAUGCUCUUAUACAUUCUGUUUAGGAAAUGGGAAAAUUGUUAUCUCUGAGAAUUCCCUGGAUUGCUCCCAGAUAAUCAAAUAUUCCCUCUGUAAUUCCUAAAUAGUCUUAUUGACUUUACAGAGUUACUGGUAACUUGAAAACUCUGGGUGGAGCUUGAUUCCUUUCCAGAAUUAUUGAUGAUAAGAACUCUUUGUUCUUUUAGGAAAAAAAAAAAAAAAAAGAGGGGAAAGGGAAUGUCAAAGCAGUGUGGGAGCAUAGAUUUACAAGUUCAACAUUUAUUUUGAUUUGCAGAGACUUCUGAUACAGAUAUUCAGAUGGCAGCCAGCAAACAGAUUCUGAGAUAUGAGUGUCAGGUGCUUUUUUUUCUGCACCUUUUAGUUUAAAUAUCAGUCCUUCAUUUAUGUCCAGUUACUGACAGCAAUACAACAAUCCCUUUCAGGUGCUUUUUUGAUGACUUCUAGCACUUUGUGCUUACCUUAAUUUCUUCAGUUAUUCUCAGAGCCAUGACGUUUUAAUUUUGAAGACAUUUCAUUUACUGGUAUCCAAGUCCCACUUGGGGGAUUCACGUCUUACAUAUGCGUAUCCCUGGAACUCUCAUUUCCAAAACAGGAGGAAAGAUAUACCUCAUGUGUUUUGAACAGACUGAGGUUAAUUUUAAAUAUGAGUAUAGAAAUGUCCAUUUAGAUGCAAGAGAUUAGAUCCUGAAUAUAUAAGAGCAUUUGUUUAAAUCUUUCAUUUUCAUGCUUUCAUUUUCAUGCUUUCAUUUUCAUUGAAGGAUGUGCAUGAAUAAGUCAUCUUCUUUUUAUCAAAUUCAGUUUCAGAGAUUAAUUCUAUUUAAGACUACUAAACUUACUUAACUAAAGUUAAGAAGUGUAAGUUCUCAGUGACUGUUUCAUUACAAGAAACACAAUUAGAAAGUAUGCCUGCAUUUUAUUUUGUUCCAUUCUGUUUUGUUUAAAAAAACCCCAAAAAACAAACCAGUGAUAGUUUUCUUUUCUUAAUACAGAUAAUUUCCUCUUGUUAAACUGAACUCACACAGUUCCCUAGAUUAUGCUGUAUAUUUCAUGACACUGUAAAAGACAUGAAAAAAUAGAUAAGAAUUAUCUUUAGUCUAGAGACUGAAGAAGAAAGGCAAUAUAAUAUACAUAAGUGAAGCAUUGUAAACAUUAAAGUCUAUAUGUUUGCAUUAAGAAUUAUUUACACAGAAUUCUUAGCUAUAAGGUCCACAGACUAUUAAUGCUGUAUUAGGACACUAUAAGGUAGUAGAGAUAUUUAUACCAUUUUACAAAUUCAAUAGAGACAUAUAUUCCACUAUUUUUUAAAUUCUUCAUUGAAUUGCUUUACUUUGAAGGAGAGAUACUAAUUUCAUAAAGUCCAUAAAGAGUAAGUUGCUGUACAUGAUAUUUUUAUCAGACCAUGUAUCACCAGUUACAGCUUGGAUAUUUUUACCAACAAAUUGCUUCAUAAAUCUAAGUGGAGAGAAACAAAACAAUCAAUCUUUAAACAGAUUUUGAGAGUGGGUGGGAUCAAUAACUCUCUGGGAAGUAUUUCUCUUUUCCCACUGACUACAAAGUGAGUUGAGGAUAUGAAUUUAGACUAGACAGAAAACUUCUAGGCUGACCAAAGUCAAGCAAAUCACUUCUUCCAUUUCUUUCAUUGCUAAUUCAUUUCUCUGCCAAGCACUGUAACUGCGUUUUCCACCAGUUGUCUUUGUAAUAUCUAGCUGAGGACAGAUCAGAAUUCUUUAUUACACAUAUGAAAAAAAUUCUCACUAAAUAAUGCAACAAAUAAAACAAUUAAAAAUGACAAUGUGUGAAUGAUUGGACCAAGAGUGCUCCCUUCUGAGGGAAAUGUCACUGGCCUCAGUUGCAUGACUCUCUCCUUUCAAUUUUCCUCUCUUUGGACUUGUAAACAUUAUGUUCUUUGCUGUGUGGUAGAUGUGCUUCAACAAACCGAACACUUACAUUACACUUAGCCAGGCAUAUAGAAUAGCCUAAUAAGAGAGCAUGGUCUCCUGAUAGGCAGUGAGUUGUACCAGACCUCUGUGGAUGAAGAGGACCUAAUACACUAUAGGUCUGUGUGGCAGGUGAGUCCUGCGCUGAGUAACAUGUCAAACUGUUGCUCCUACCUCCUCCUGAUUAGCUAAUAAAUCUCAGCCAUGGAUCUGGGGCUUUUCUGUAUACUGGCACACCUGUGUCAGGUAUCUGUGCAGACAGCAUCUUCUGACUCCUGUUUUUUAGGCACCUUGACUACAGGCAGUUACAAGUUCA